AUGUGCCUGCUGACCAAGGAUGUGCCCAGCAGGCCACGACUCCGCAUGUCAAGUAAUAUAAGCUUUCAGAAAGCAGCUUUUGUUCAUGGUGAAAACUGCUACUUGCCGCCUCCAAAUUCAGAAGUUGGAAGGGAGCGGUCCUGGCUGCAGUUUCCAGCGUUAAGGAUAAACUCUGAAGAGCGUGUUGAUACAGCUGAUCAGGAGACAGUCUCUUGGGAUCGCAGUAUUCCUGAAGACAUAAAACAAAAAAUACAGCCUAAAGAGGUUCCAGCAGAAAGUGUUACUGUCUGGAUUGAUCCAUUAGAUGCUACACAAGAAUACACAGAGGAUCUUCGACAGUAUGUCACGACAAUGGUUUGCGUGGCUGUAAAUGGUAAACCAGUUAUAGGAGUGAUACACAAGCCAUUCUCAUCAUAUACAGCCUGGGCAAUGGUGGAUGGCGGGUCAAAUGUAAAACCUCGUUCCUCCUACAAUGAGAAAACUCCAAGGAUUAUUGUAUCCCGCUCCCAUGCAGGAAAAGUUGAGCAGGUUGCACGGCAGACAUUUGGAAAUAAGACUGUGAUAAUCCCGGCUGGUGGAGCAGGUUAUAAAGUGUUGGCCCUCCUUGACGUGGCUGAAAAGAAUCAAGAAGAAGCUGACGUGUAUAUCCAUGUCACCUACAUUAAGAAGUGGGACAUAUGUGCUGGAAAUGCAGUGUUGAGAGCAUUGGGUGGCCAUAUGACUACCCUGACUGGUGAAGAAAUUAGUUACACUGGCUCAGAUGGCAAUGAGGGAGGACUUAUAGCCAGUAUCAAUAUGAACCAUAAAGCACUAAUUGAAAAACUUCCAGAUCUGGAAAAAACAUCGCACAAAUAAACUUGACUGAUGGAGAAGUAUAAACAUGCUUUUGUAGCCUCCAGAUGCUCUGUCUGAAGAAGCAGGUGUGAAAACCUGUUGGGAAAGAUGCAAAGCAAAGCAGUUUGGUGUGGGUUUGGGGGCUAUAUCGUGCAUUGGGUUUCUUCAGUGGUGGUAUUUAAAAAAGAAUAAAAUAAUAAUAAUCAGAAGUAGGAAGGGGACUGACUGCCUCACACUUCAGUUUCCGUGUUUUAUUUUUUUCAGACUGUUUUCAUGCAGUUCUUAUACUCAAGGUGCAUAUGCGGUGUAUAUUUGUGAACAUAGGUGAGCUAAAGAAAAAUCCAAAUUGAUUCAUAAAAUAACCUAAGUAGUUCUCACAGGAAUUUCUUGGAACCUUUUACAUCUUGUUACUGUAGUUGUAGCAACUCCGUAAUGAAUUAGGUAGGAAAAAAGGUUGAUUUGUAUAGGCAUCUGAUAACUCUGUGAACAAUUUAGCAGGAAACAUGACCCUGUGUUCUGUAUCCCCUGAACAGAAAGCACAAGAAGGUUGACACAAAUUUAUAUGCAACAACAUUUUAUCUUUGACAGUGUGGUACUCCUUCUGCUUUUUAAGAGAAAAAAAGAAAUGUUCUGUACUAUUUUGACUUUUUUCCUGAAGAUGUAAACCAGUUU